GAUGACGCCCCGUUUCGGCCUCUCCUGUGUCCUGUGGUCCAUCAUUGUGGCUCAUGGCCACACGACCAUCAUUGGGACAGACAAGCCCACCAUCGCCCCUUUAUUUCGCGGUCGCCCUUUCCUGGUGGCCUGGGCCGCCCCCACCCAUAGCUGCUCAAUACGUUUCAAUGUGUCUCUUGACCUGCGACUCUUUGACCUGAGCGCCUCCCCCAGCGAGGAGUUGGUGGACCAGAAUGCCACCAUCUUCUACAAGGAGCGGCUAGGACUCUACCCGUACUACGACGAGCACAAUGUAUCCGUCAAUGGGGGCGUACCCCAAAACGCCAGUCUGCGGGCUCACCUGCUCCAGAUGGUGGACGGAAUCAACAAAUACAUUCCAUUCACCAAUAAAGACGGAUUGGCGAUCAUUGACUGGGAGGACUGGAGGCCGACCUGGCUACGGAACUGGGAUGAUAAGGACAUAUACAGGCAAGCUUCACGGCAACUGGUGGCCUUUCGUCAUCCCAACUGGACCGCCAAUGACGUGAACGUAGAAGCUAAGUCUGAAUUUGAAAACUCCGCCCGCGAGUUCAUGGUGGAGACACUCCAGCAGGCCAAAAGAUCUCGCCCCCGCCAGCUCUGGGGGUAUUACCUGUUCCCGGACUGCUACAACCACGACUACCAGACCAACUGGGACAAUUACACCGGCAAGUGCCCCGACGUGGAGAUGUCACGCAAUGACCAGCUAUGGUGGAUGUGGGAGGAGAGUACCGCCCUUUACCCGUCCAUCUACCUGACCCCCUCUCUCAACUCUUCUGUGAACGGGCGCAAAUUCGUUCACUACCGGCUGAAAGAGGCGAUGAGGAUCGCUCUACAGCACACGGGAUACUCGCUCCCCGUCCUCGUGUACACAAGACCCACCUACAAAGAAAACCUCGACCUUCUCUCCCAGAUGGAUCUGAUCUCCACCAUCGGAGAGAGCGCAGCACAGGGGGCAGCCGGGGUGAUAUUUUGGGGUGAUACAGACUACGCCAAGAACGAGGAGACCUGCCAGACGAUGAAGACGUAUGUGGAUCAGGUUUUGGGCCGAUAUAUAGUGAAUGUCACCACCGCCGCCUCUCUCUGCAGCCAGGCGCUCUGCGGUGGGAACGGACGCUGCCUGCGCAAAGAAAACGUCACCGACGCCUUUCUACACCUCAACCCGGCCAACUUCCGCAUCGUGACGGCACUUCCAGGGUUCAACGAGCCCGUCCCUAUGUGGGCGCAGGGCCAGCUAUCGGAGGGGGACGUCGGCGCUCUGCGUUCACAGUUUCGCUGUCAGUGUUAUUUGGGCGAGAGCGGGAACGGCUGCAACAUUUCCCCGGAACCUGUGCCUACCGCAGCGCCCCCCACGGGCCACGGACGGGUGUGGUUACUAAUGGCUUGCCUCUGGAUUCUGCUACAGGUGGGGACAAGCUUUUAG